CAAGGGCAUGGGCUCUUAUCAGGACGGACCGCCUUCCUAUGACGUUCUUGAUGGAGUAUCAUAACAAGGCGGCUACUGCAUUACACAUAACCGUGGCGCAGACACAGAGCCUUGUUCUCCGCAGAGUACUUUUAACGGAGCAUUCACGUCAUGUCCUUCGAUAACCCUGCGUCCCGAUCUGUGUUGCCAUGACAGGUGUGAACUUGCAUCUGAACGACUCUCUAGGGUCCCUCUUCAUUGGAGUGCUCUUUGCUGUACUUCUAUAUGGUGCUGAAUGUGCACAAGUACUGUACUACUUGCGAGCCUAUCCAGAUGACUCCUUGUCGAUAAAAGCUCUGGUCAUGUUCUUGUGGACCCUCGAGACAGCGAGAACAAUCCUUGAUCUCAUUGCGGAAUGGUACUACCUCAUUCAGAAUCAUGCGAAUGUGGCGGCGCUGGAGCUCUUACCUAUCGCGUUUCUUCAAGCCGAGUUCUUCCUUAACUCCCUGAUGGUUCUCAUUGCGCAAAGUUUCUUUAUACACUCCAUAUGGAGGCUCUUAGGCAUCGAGAAUCGCUGGUACCGCUGGCCAAUAGUAGUGACCGUGAGCUCGUUGGCUCUCUUGUCCUUCACGGGUGGUUGUGGGGCAGUGUGGAAGGCACACCAACACCAUGGUGUCAUGAACGAAGUGUUGCGUUCCGUGGAGUUUCCAGUUUCUGUUGCGCUUGUCACCGCUGUAGUCACCGAUAUCUACAUUACCGUUUCUCUUUGUCUCACAUUACGUGCGCACAGGACCGGCUUUGUGCGGUCUGACACGCUCAUCUCGAUGAUUCUGCUGUUUGCCAUUCAGAGAGGAAUUUUCACCGCCCUCAUACAAACAUUGUUUUUCUUGACGUAUGUCUGCACCUUGAAACAAGAGCUGCUCGUGUGGAUGGUAUUCCAUUUUCCCGCAGGCAAGGUAUACGUCAACUCGCUUCUCGUCAUGCUUAAUGCCCGACGAUAUAUCGGUCAAGGCGGGAGUGACGGCGCUCUCGGCUUUCGUCUCACAGACCUCCCUCUCGACAGGUCACCACAUAACGGACUAUCCCAAUAAUGCGUUCACUGGUGCUGUCGAGACUGUUCUCUCGCUUAAGGGCUAUUUUCAGAGAAUUUAACCAACAGGAGAAGUCGCGCACACUAGGACGGGCGAUGUGCUCGACAGAAGUGGUGCAUCACUACAGUGAUGCGAUCGAGAUUGAAUCGGCAAAUGGAAGGAGAAAACAUGUAGAAGGUGCGACGUGAUACAAAAAAGAAAGAAAUCUGUCCUUCCGAUGAGUGGACGUUGACUUUUAUUAGCGAUAGGCCCAUGUUACUGUAAUAAAAUGUCCACCACCAGUGGUUCAGGAUCUCAGCUAUAUGAUAUACAUUCAUCAAUUGUGCCUUCAGGCAUC